AGCCGCAAACCAAGGGACCGCUCUGCCGCUGCACCUUCAGGCACCUCACUUCAGGUACAGCCAUAAUUAUUUGCAUCCAUCUCUCACCGAGUAAUUCUGCAUAGAUCUCGCAUUCAAUUGCUUGAGGUGUGCUACCCCCACGCUCCUUCUCACCGCUCUAUUAUUCCUUAUUGGACUUUUCUUCUCUCCCACGGCAAGGUCAGAGAGGCUCGGUGAGCGAGAUCGGCGCAAUCCUUUGAUCAUAGUUGCUGUUUUGUCGUUCUUGUUCAUCUCCACUGUCUCCCAUUUCUCGCCCGCCAAAACAGAGUGGGAAGCUAAGAGAACCACUUCGUCAGUUGUCACUGUCGUCACCCCAGGACUACAGGCUCCAUUCCUCCACCCAAGCUCUCUCUGUCUCCGCCACUUUUCUUCCUCGCUCCUCUCCACUUCUACCUUGUUCUCGUCUCCUCUCUCUUAUGACGGCCCCCAUAUUCUGCCGUCAUACUCGUUCUCAUCCCUACAAAUCCUUUACAACCUUACCUUCCAUUGUUCUUAUACCUCUUCGUGGUCUGUCCUACAUUGCGUCCCCGGUUCAUCUCACUCCUCCUCCUUCUAUCCCACUAUCACAGUCGACGCAAUUGGACAUAGUCACAACUUUACCAGCUCAUCUAAGUACUCAGUUUAACUUUAGCUCUAUCAUCACAACCCCGCUUUGUCUCCUGACAAUAAGUUGGUAACUCAACCACCAUGGCCGCGCCCUCCGGUCACCAACCUCGCGGUUCUGACGACUUGGGCGUCUUCGACGAUGCCAAAAGCUACUAUACUGAGGAACGACAUAUGAACCGCGCGGGACCCCGAACUCGCACCUACUCUCAGAACAGUUUGAUGCACCGUUUUGAAAGAGUCAAUCUCCGAGAGCCUUUUCGACGUGGCAGCCAUGGUCAGAAACAUCAAUUCCGCGUAGCCGAGUAUUUCUACUAACUCUUUGUUCAAUAGAUGAGAAUUCACAACAGAACCGCCGCUUCCUGAUUCAAGUCGAUUCAACAUUGGAAAGUCUUUCAUUGCAAGAGGACACUGAUGGAGACAUGCAAAUUACGAUCGAAGAUAAUGGUCCCAAAGUUAUUUCUCUGCGUACCGCCGCUUCGGCUGGCCAUAAUCGCUUCGACGUCCGCGGGACUUAUAUGUUAAGUAACCUCCUGCAGGAGUUGACCUUGGCAAAAGAGUAUGGGCGGAAACAGAUUGUUCUGGAUGAAGCUCGUCUCAACGAGAAUCCCGUCGAUCGUUUGUCCCGUAUGAUUCGUGAUCAUUUCUGGGAGAACUUGACACGACGCAUUGAUGCAUCGACCGUGGAUAUCGCCGCUCGAGACCCCAAGGAUUGGACAGCCGAUCCUCGCCCUCGCAUUUAUAUCCCGUAUCGAUGCCCCAGACAAUACGAAUUCUACAAGAGAGUUGCUGAAGAGAGACCAGAAAUGCGUCUGGAUGUUCAGAUGCUACCCGAGAAGAUUACCCCUGAUCUGGUUCGCGACAUGAAUGAUGCACCUGGUCUUCUGGCUGUGGAUGUUCAAGAAGUUCCAGAACCAGAACACCCUUCAGGAUGGACUCUCAAGGGCAUGCCUUUCGUUGUUCCAGGUGGCCGUUUCAACGAACUUUAUGGCUGGGACAGUUAUAUGGCAUCUCUAGGUCUUCUCAUCAACGAUCGAGUCGACCUGGCCAAGUCGAUGGUCAUCAAUUUUUGCUUUUGCAUUGAGCACUACGGCAAGAUACUGAACGCUACUCGAUCCUACUACCUUUGUCGAUCACAGCCUCCUUUCUUGACUGACAUGGCCCUUCGUGUUUAUGAAAAGAUCAAGCACGAGCCAGAUGCCAAGGAAUUCCUCCGACGAUCUAUUCUAGCCGCCAUCAAGGAGUAUCAUAGUGUAUGGAUGUCAGAGCCUCGACUAGACCCCAGCACAGGUCUCUCGAGAUACCGACCCGAAGGUCGUGGAGUGCCUCCUGAGACGGAGGCCACUCAUUUUGUGCAUAUUCUUGACCCUUAUAUCAAGAAGCACAAAAUGACAUUCGAACAAUUCGUUCGAGCAUACAACCAUGGUGAAGUCGAGGAGCCUGAGCUCGAUGAAUACUUCAUGCACGACCGUGCCGUGAGAGAGUCGGGUCAUGACACAUCCUACCGCCUUGAGGGUGUUUGCGCAAACCUGGCGACCAUUGAUCUCAACUCUCUCCUGUUCAAAUAUGAGACUGACAUUGCACGAACUAUUCGCAGCGUUUUCAAUGACAGGCUUACGAUGCCUGAGGAGUUUUGCGCUGGUACACCCUACCAGCCUGGUGAGGUUCUGUCGUCAGCUGCUUGGGACCGACGAGCCAAGCGACGCAAGCUCACAGUGGACAAGCUGAUGUGGGAUGAGAAGGAGGGCAUGUUCUUUGACUAUGACACCGCGAAGCGUGAACGCUGCACGUAUGAGUCCUGCACAACUCUCUGGGCUCUGUGGGCCGGCAUUGCCACUCCAAAGCAAGCGGCCGAGAUGGUUCGCAAAGCUCUCCCCAAGUUCGAGGCGUACGGCGGCCUAGUAUCAGGAACGGAGGAAUCGCGUGGAGCGGUCGGCCUCGAACGGCCUAACAGACAAUGGGACUAUCCCUACGGCUGGCCUCCACAGCAAAUGCUGGCCUGGACGGGUCUGAUUCGUUAUAGCUUCACGGAGGAAGCAGAGCGAAUUGCCUACAAGUGGCUCUUCAUGGUCACUAAGGCCUUUGUCGAUUUCCACGGUGUAGUAGUCGAGAAGUACGAUGUCACCCGGCCGGUCGAUCCUCACCGAGUUGAUGCGGAAUACGGCAAUCAGGGUCUUGGCUUCCGAGGCGUCAACAAGGAAGGAUUCGCAUGGGUUAACGCCAGUUACAUUUACGGGCUUCAAAUCAUCAACGCGCACAUGCGCAGGGCACUUGGAGCACUGACACCGUAUCAGACAUUGAUCAGGGCGAUUGAGAAGAAUGAAGAGAAGACGCUGGCUGGUCUGCUUGCUCCAUAGGGUAAUGCUUUUGUAGACUAGGAAGCUCGUGGCAAAAGGAAAACGGUGUAGCUAUCGAUAUUCAUAGGAUACCUGAAGAAUGUUACAGUGCCUGUCUGGUAUGCUGGUUCGUGGAGUCCUUGAAAAUUGUUGAUGAGAGAGCAAUCCAUGUUGGGCACCGAAACAUGACAAGAAUGACGAGAAAGCCUGGACCCUUUUUCGUAUCCUUUGACUUUAUGAUGAAAUGGAUGAAUAAUCUGGAACAUAAUAAAUAACUGCUGAUGGUCUGACACAAAAAUAUGGCAAUAGAGAACUGACGAGGUCGGAAAAAGGAUAAAGCCGUUGACCUCGGGUAGUUGCCGAAGCGGUUGAUGGGGCAUGUGAGGUGUCAGUGGUGAUGUUUUCCAUGACGAGUCUCGGCAAGAAAAUGGCCGAGGUAAGGUGAUUAUUCUAAGCUAUAGUGGCGGCAAUGAGAAAGACUAGAGUGGCAGUGGAUAUUGAAAUCCAUCGAUAUGAACUUGAGGGGGUCGUCGUGAGGACAUUGAUUGCCGAGCUCAGUGAUCGAUUUUCAAUGUAGGAGGGGCACGGCUUCACAUGCCAGAAACCUCCGCUGCUCCGGAGCUGGAGACGGACCUAAGAUUCGGCCAAGUUCCGUCAUUCCGGGGCCAGGCGGGUAUCCGCUGACGGAGGAAGGCCGAGAAAUUACAGUCAGAAACUGAUUGAUAUAGAAGAGUAUACCAGGUCACUUGUUUCAGAGUGUAGCUCCUAUUGACUUUUUUCUUCUUCUUUUCUUUCCCUUUCUGUUGUAUUUUCCUGUGCUGAAGGCAUAUUACUUCCUGUAGUUAUCUUGCAGAAUAUACGUCAGGAUGGGCUAACAGAGGGAGGGCUUGAUUGUGGUGAUGCCGCAAAAUGCGGUCCUUUGAAACUUGGCGAUUAAGGUUUAGCGGGAUAAUGAGCAGAAUCCCAGGUGAGCCAAGGUGAGGAAUGACUUCCCCAGAUUUUACUGGGAGUGAUGCUUUUGCAAGGAUGGGGCUAGAGGUCAAGUCCCGCGUCUUAAAUUUGGGGCUCAUCCAUAUGCCACGAGUUGUUGCGCUGUGUAAAGAACUAGGCGCCAGAUCAGCAUUGUUGGCGACGACACGUACAAGCUAUGUUUUCUAAUUAAAGUUAUAAACCGCAUGCUUGCAAAAGAGACAACAGGUAGGCCGUACGGCUUUCGGCUUUCGGCCUCCCUGGGUGAGGGACCCCGGAUGUUGAACAUCGAGCCUUUGAGCCGAACACAUACGCAAAUUUAAGGAUACGGAAAAAUAGCAAAGACGUCAUGAUAACAAGACCAGGUACAGAACUGCCCUGGCUUCUGCAGGGCCGCAUGCACUCAUGCAUGACCAGUUACCCAUCACGAUCACGCUGCAAGUCUUGAUUUGGCGGGCUUCAAUUUCCAUUUACAGAACAAAACGCACCUCC